AUGGUUUGGAGGCCUCUAAAUUUAGCGGAGGUGUGCCCCGUCCACACUCACCUCUCCGCCUGCUCCCACUUCGGCUAUGUGUACUUACACCUGCUGGUUCAAUUGUUCAGCGGCUCCAGUGACAGAAGAAUACAAGAGAAGUUGGGAUACCAUGAAAGCAUAGAAGACGAGGAUAGAAUAGUCGAGAGCAUAGGAAGCUACGAAAAUAGAAAACAUAGCCCAGAAGAGUACGAUUUUAUCGUUGUUGGCGCUGGAUCCGCUGGGUGCGUAGUGGCCAACCGACUUUCUGAACAUAAGCAAUGGAAGGUGCUUUUGCUAGAAGCUGGACAAGAAGAACCUGACAUAACCAUGGUGCCGGGCCUGUCGACUGUUUUGCUUGGGUCGAACGUGGACUGGGCAUACUCGACAGAACCGGAUGGCAAGAGUUGUUUGGCCUCACGAGAAGGACGAUGCGCUUGGCCAAGAGGCAAGAUGAUGGGCGGCACCAGCUCAAUCAAUUCCUUAGCUUAUGUUAGAGGAAACAAAUUAGACUACGACACCUGGGCAGCCAUGGGCAACGUAGGGUGGAGUUACAGAGAUGUUCUACCAUAUUUUAAGAAAUCGGAGAGAAACCUUAAUAUUGAAGGACUUGAUCGUAAAUAUCAUGGAGUGGAAGGCGAGCAGUAUGUUUCGCGUUACCCAUACAUUGACAAACCAUCGAUUAUGAUGACAGAAGCUUUCAACGAGAGAGGAUUACCCCUCAAUGAUUACAACGGAGCUUAUCAAGUCGGAGCUAUGCAGGCCCAAGCAAUAUCUUUAGAUGGACAAAGAGUUUCAACCAACACUGCUUUCAUCCAUCCCAUUAGAUAUAAGAGAAAGAAUUUGACAGUUAAAACUAAUUCAGAGGCUGUAAAGAUACUUAUAGAUAAGUACAAUAGAGCGUAUGGCGUUAAAUAUGUUAAGAAUAAUCUAAUUUAUACAGCGAUAGCGAAAAAAGAGGUUAUAGUGAGUGGAGGUCCGAUAAAUGCACCAAAAUUGCUUAUGUUAUCCGGCAUAGGUCCAAAGGACCAACUGGAGAAAUUGGGUAUUCAUGUCGUAAAGGACUUAGCUGUUGGUGAGAACCUGCACGAUCAUGUAACUUUCAACGGUAUAAUAAUAGCUUUACCAAACAGAACUGCUACGACACGAGAAAACAAUGAAGUACUGAGGGAAGUUAUAGAUUAUGCCAAAAAAGAAAUCAAAGAUGGUCCACUUUCUGGAAAUGGACCUGUUAGUUCUGUGGCAUUUAUCAAGACCGAACCUUAUUUACCAGCGCCUGACGUUCAGUAUCAAGUUAACAACGUCAAAUGGAGAGAAUACAUUAAAGAACCGACAGACUACGAUAGGACUACAAUUUUCCCAACGAGUUUCUACGAUGGCUUGGAACCGAGGACAAUGAAUUUAGUCCCGAGAAGCAGAGGCAAACUCUGUCUCAAUACAACUGAUCCCAACGGUCCCCCAUUACUGUAUGCUAACUACUUCGAUGAUGAAACGGAUUUGAUUCCUCUGAUCAAAGGCGUAAGGUUCCUUUUGUCUUUAGAAGAAACGCAAGCUUUCAAAGCAAACGGGGCUCGUUUCCUAAGAAUUCAAUUACCAGCGUGUAGGGAUCACGCAUGGGGUACCGAUGAGUACAUAGUAUGCUUGGCUAGAAAAUACACAUCUUCGCCAUACCACCCAGUAGGCUCCUGCAAAAUGGGGCCGAAGUGGGACAAGAAGGCUGUAGUGGACCCCAGAUUAAGAGUUUAUGGGGUGUCUGGACUUCGAGUAAUAGAUUCGUCGAUAAUGCCAAACGUACCUCGGGGCAAUACCAAUGCCCCCUCCAUUAUGGUAGGAGAAAGAGGUGUAGCUUUGGUUAUAGAGGAUUGGUUGUAUAACUAA